AGAGGAUGGGUACGAGAUAGAUAGGAGUCUUGGUCUGAGUAUCAUCAUCAGCCACCUUUUUCUUUGUCUGUUUCACAACUGAAACAGUACAUGUGGCCUGUUUCUAUUGCAACUCCCUUUUCCCGCAUUUCUCUCUCUCUCUCUCUCUCUAGCUUCUUCCAUUUGAGGGCUGUUGCUUGCCUGCUUUGUUUUCGGUUUCUGCUUCCAACUUUGGUCACAAGUUACCAACUUUUUUGUGACUUUGGUAAUUGUCGUUUUGUCUCUUUUAGUUCUUCAGGUCAGCUGUACUGUGAAUGUAAUUCAUUUCGCUUCAAGAAGAUAAGGUUCAAUAUUUGAAGAGUUUGGACUCUAGCCAUGACUUCUACUUCACCUAUUCGACUAAAAGAUCAUAAAGAAAAACAGAUUUUUCUCUCAGAGGUUGGUAACUCAGAAAAACAGCUGUGGGCAUUGAUUUAUUCCAAAGGUUUAUUGCACUCUGAUGUUCAAGACUUGUACCGCAAAGUUCGUUCUAGUUAUGAGGAAAUCAUUCUAAGUGAUCGUGAAGAUGUGGAAUUUCAAGAUGUUGAAUAUUCCUUGUGGAAGCUUCAUUAUAAGCAUAUUGAUGAAUUUCGUAAGACAAUGAAGAAAAGUUCUGGUAAUGGUGAGAGCAUAAAAUUGGUAACGACACAAAAUGUUGGUAAUUUGCAGAGAAGUGAUAAUAAAGGUAUAGCAGGAUUUACGUCAUUUCUGUCAGAAGCAACUGAAUUUUACCAAAAUUUGGUUGUGAAAAUCAGAAAAUGUUAUAGGCUUCCCGAAGAUACAUUGUUCAAUAAGAAAAGUGGUAGCUCUACUUCAAUUGAACCAAAGAAGAUGCAGAAAUGCCAAUUUUUAUGCCAUCGGUUUUUAGUCUGUCUCGGGGAUCUUGCUAGGUAUAAAGAACAAUAUGAAAAACCUGAUGAUCAAAACCAUAACUGGUCGGUUGCAGCCUCCCACUACUUGGAAGCAACAAUGAUUUGGCCAGAUAGUGGAAACCCCCAGAAUCAGUUAGCAGUAUUGGCAACAUAUGUUGGUGAUGAGUUCCUUGCCUUGUACCACUGUGUAAGGAGUUUAGCUGUUAAAGAACCUUUCCCUGAUGCCUGGGAUAACCUAAUUUUACUCUUUGAUAGGAACAGAUCAUCUUAUUCGCAUUCCCUUUGUAGAGAGGCUCACUUUGAUUUCUUAAAACCAUCUGAAAGAAGCGAUUUCCACAGAAAAUCACAAUCUAGUGAUGAAUUUUCAAAUUGCAAUAUGUUGGAAUCCAUACACAAUUGCUUCAUGGAAACAGACUUAUGGUCUCUUUUUAUCAGAACUAUGAGUUUCUUUUUCAUACAAUCCAGUUUUGAGGAAUUCCCUUGUGCCUUCGCAUCUGCUAUGAGAGAGUUGGAUGCUUUGAUGGCACUAAAUGAUACAAAACUAAAGGCUGCAUUGGAGUCCUAUCAGUGUUUGGAUUCAGCUAGAACAGGCCCUUUUCGAGCCCUUCAAGUUGUUUCUGUAUUCAUCUUUACCUUUGAGAAUUUAAUUCAUGGUCCACAAGUAAGAAGCUCAAAAGAUAUCAGUGAUAUGCAACAGCUUCUCCAGAUACAAUUUGCAUUGACUUCCUCUUUCAUUUUCAUGGGCCGUGUUGUUGAUAGAUGUUUGAAGGCUAGUGACUUGGAUCUUUGCCCCCUUUUACCAGCUGUGCUUGUAUUUGUGGAGUGGUUGGCUAACAUGCUUGAUGAAGCAAAAACAUAUGGGGUUGAUGAAAAUAGUAGAAGUGCUAUGUCUUACUAUUUUGGUGCAUUUGUUGACCUUCUAAAACGUUUCAAUGUUAAAAGUGUCGAGGCCAUGUCUCUAGAUAGUACUCCUCUGUGGGAAGACUAUGAAUUGAGGGGCUUUGGACCAGUAGCAAGUGCACAUGUCUUGUUAGAUUUUUCAACUCCUUGGGAACAUAUAGACAGUUUUGAAAGUGGAACAAAAUAUCGUGCUCACCGCAUUCUUAAUGCUGCAAUGAAGAUUGCAGAAAGAUCAAAUGAUUUUGGAAAGUGGAUCUUGUAUGAUAAAUCAGGAAGAAAAUUUUACACGGGAGGGUCAAAUGAAUCUCCAGAGAGGAAUGAAUCAGAAAAAGUGGAGUCCCACAAUUCUGAUCUUGAAAUUGAAGAGUCAAGCCAGCCAAUUCACCAAGUUACAAAAGAAUAUACGGAACACAUCGUGUACACAAAUCCAAGUAACCCCAGUGUGAAUGGUAAAUCUGUUGCCACAGAAGAGGAAGAAGUCAUUCUCUUCAAACCUCUCACAAGAUAUAACUCGGUGCCACUUUAUGCUCCAAUUUCUACAAAUGAUAAAAUGUCUCCAAAGGAUUCAGGGAAUGAACAUGUGCCUUCUGAUGAAUUCUUGCGCCGAGCUACAUCACUACUUAUAGCACAAAACCCAGCCCAGAGUGAUCCUCUAGCUUUCCAUGCUGACAUCAGUAAUUUCACGGGCAACAAGUCGUUCAAGCAUCAGGAGCCUUUCAUGAAGGAUACAUCAGCACACCCAUUUUUGGAAACCCCCAUCUCUGCUGGGCCUCCCUCACUUAGCGCUUGGGUCCUUAACAGAGGAAGUAUGAGCAUUGACAGAGAGAGAGGAACUGCUAGUGUUAGUAAACAUAACAUGAAGCCUAUUGAGGAGAUACCUUCCAAAUCCUUGGCUGGGCUUUCCAUUAGUGAAAAUGAGCAUUCUGUCACUAGUUUUGAGCAUGAGUAUGCAACCACCAAUUACUCAUCUCCUUUUUACUCACCUCCAGUACCUUCUGCUCCUUUAUUGCCUGAUGAUGCUGUUUGGUUUAGUGGCAUUCAAUCUAGCUUUCCCAACAGCAAAACCUCUGGGGGCAUUAGAGAAGCAAACAAUUACUCUGCUGCAUUAGACACUUCAAAUUGGACUGCAACUCAUGGGUCUCCUGAUUAUGGUCAUAGUUUCCAGGGUCUUAUGGAUAAUUACCCACCUUCGCGUCGAAUGACUUCUUCUGAAUGGCUUCGUCAGUACAGAGAAAGUCAAAAUCUUGAGCAGGCCAAUAGUUAUACAUGGCCCGUUCAUCGUCAUUCCCCUGAGAACCUUGGAAACUUCCAAGAUCAAGCUUCCAAAUUUGGUGUUUUUGAUCAGUGGGGAAAUCCUAUAGCUUAUAAUCCAAAUGUAUAUAUGGAGAGCCCACCAUUGCAUCCAGCUUUUCCUCUUGUUUAUGGUGCAGAUGAACACAGAAGGGAGAAGCUUUCUCAAGGUUUCCAAAGACCAAGCCCCUACGGGUGUGGUGCUGUGACAGAACUAAGAAAUGAGCCACAGCCACUUUUGCAGUAUCUUAAAGAGAGAGAAUGGCGACUCCAGCAAGAUCCUACUCUCGGUGGUCCUACGUAUAUGGGAAAUUAACAUUUCAAUGUAUGCCUUUCUUUGGUCUUAAUCGUCAUUUAGAGCAUGUAAAACACCCCUCACAUAGUUCAAGAUGGCUGAUCAAUAAAGUUUACAUGUAAGCUUGUGUAUAUGUACAUAGAAUGUUCUAGUAUGCCCUCUGCAAGAGGAGGUUUAAAGCUAGAAUGAAACAAAGAGAAACAUUUGCUGCUGUCCACAAUUUUGAA